AUGCAGAACAAGCUCUUUACUGCCGCCGCCCUUCUGGGUGCCCUGGCUUCAGCCUCGCCUGUGUCCAAGAACAUCAAGCGAGACGUCCUCACAGCUCUCCCCGGGAGUGCGGAUGAGAUCGAGAACAAGUUCCAGCCUGCCCUUGAUUUUGACGGCGACGGCUGCUACCAGACUGCUGCUAUCGACCCUGAUGGCAACCUCAACCCCGGUCAUGAUGCUACUGGUACUCCGCAGGGAGACUGCCGUGAUCCCCCCCAGCUAGACAACAGCAACACAUACUCCCGCAAGCGCUGCAACAACGGCUUCUGUGCUAUUAUGUACGAGACGUACUAUGAGAAGGACCAAGGCGCACUGGGCACCUUCGCCGGCGGCCACCGCCACGACUGGGAGAACAUCGUAGUCUUCGCCCAAGGCGACACCGUCGUCCGCGUCGCGCCCUCAUGCCACGGCAAGUACGACAACGCUAAGAACGAGUUCCCCAUCGACGGCUCCACGCCUCUCCUGGUGUACCACAAGGACGGUGCCGGAACCCACUGCUACCGCUUCGCCAACGACGACGACCGGGCCAACCCCGAGAACCCUACCGGCUCAUUCUUCAAGGCUCCUCUUAUUGGCUGGGACAGCUGGCCCGAUGUUGGUCUCCGUGACAAGAUGCUUCAGAACUGGAGCGGUGGUGUUGGUCCCAAGUUGGAUGAUGAGUUUGGCGACUCGCUCAAGGCGGCCGCUGGUGAUGGUGUUCAAGGCUUUGACCCUUACGUAGACGCGUAA